CCUCGCUCGCGGCUGCCGGCUGCCGACGGGGGCCGUUUCUUGUGUCCUAAUCGACUCGUUUUCCUCCGCAGAUCUCAAGUUGACUCCCCCUGCAUUUCAGUUCCGCUGUUCCUGCCCCGCUCCAGCAAACAAACAGCUACUCAUUCCUCUCCCUCCCUGCUCAUUAAUCACCCCACUAACCACGCAAUUAAUCCCCUCCCCUCCCCGCCCCCCCCCCCCCCAAACACCCAUUCCCGAUUCCUCCUAAUUCCCAUCCACAAACCGAGCGCGAGCGCGAGCGCAAACGCACGCGACAGACCGCUUUUUCCAGAUCUCGAGUUGCUUUUCACCCCAUGAGGUAGGGAUCCGAGGUGAGCUAGGCGACACGAAGUUGGCCGGAGGCGGCGGCGGGGUCCGGCCGAGGCUGCUACCGGCGGGCGCCAGCAGGAUGGGGCUGAUCUCCGGGAUGGUGAUGGGGGUGGUGGUCGGCGUCGCGAUCAUGGCCGGCUGGAGCAGCGCCAUGCGGCGCCGCAGCAUGAAGCGCAUCGCCAAGGCUGCGGAUAUCAAGGUCCUUGGGUCUCUCAGCAGGGACGACCUCAAGAAGCUGUGCGGCGAUAAUUUCCCUGAGUGGAUAUCCUUCCCGCAGUUUGAGCAGGUGAAAUGGCUAAACAAAUAUCUCAGCAAACUUUGGCCUUUUGUUGCACAGGCUGCAACAGCAGUGAUUAAGGAAUCCGUUGAACCACUGCUAGAUGAUUAUAGGCCUCCAGGAAUAAAAUCUCUGAAGUUCAGCAAAUUUUCUCUUGGAAAUGUGUCACCAAAGAUAGAAGGUAUUCGCAUUCAAAAUCUUGAGCCAGGCCAAAUCAUAAUGGAUAUAGAUUUCCGUUGGGGUGGUGAUCCAAGUAUAAUCCUAGCUGUUGAUGCUGUAGUUGCAUCACUGCCUAUCCAGCUGAAGGAUCUCCAGGUCUAUACUGUCAUACGUGUUGUAUUUCAACUCUCAGAAGAGAUUCCUUGCAUUUCUGCUGUUGUUGUGGCUCUCCUUGCCGAGGCACAGCCAAAAAUUCAGUACACCCUGAAGGCCAUUGGAGGAAGCCUAACUGCAGUUCCUGGACUUUCUGACAUGAUUGAUGAUACUGUCAAUUCAAUUGUUUCUGAUAUGCUUCAGUGGCCACACAGGCUAGUUGUUCCAAUUGGUGUCAAUGUUGAUACAAGUGACCUGGAGCUUAAACCUCAGGGAAGACUUUUUGUUACAGUGGUAAAAGCAACUUCUUUGAAAAACAAGGAGUUGAUUGGUAAAUCAGAUCCUUAUGUGGUUCUGUACGUGCGACCGAUGUUUAAGGUCAAAACAAAAGUCAUAGAUGACAACCUGAAUCCUGAAUGGAAUGAAACAUUUGAGCUGAUUGUCGAAGACAAAGAAACCCAAUCUGUCAUUUUUGAGGUUUACGACGAAGACAAUCUUCAGCAAGACAAGAAGCUGGGUGUGGCUAAACUAGCAGUGAACAGUCUUGAACCUGAGACCACCCGUGAAAUCACUCUGAAGCUGCUGCAUUCAGUAGAUCCACUUAAAAAUAGGGACAGCAAGGAUAGAGGCACACUAUAUCUUAAGGUCAUGUAUCACCCGUUUACAAAGGAAGAACAGCUUGAAGCCUUAGAAUUCGAAAAGAAAGAAAUAGAGGAGAGGAAGCGGCUGCAGGAGGCUGGGGUAAUUGGUAGCACAAUGGAUGCAAUUAGUGGCACUGCAUCACUUGUUGGUUCCGGUGUUGGCUUCGUUGGUACAGGAAUUGGCGCUGGAGUCGGGCUUGUUGGUUCUGGUAUUGGCGCCGUUGGCAGUGGACUUGGUAAAGCUGGGAAGUUCAUGGGAAAGACUGUGACAGGGACCUUCAGCAUGUCCCGCAAGAACGGCAGCAGCUCAACUGCUCCCCAGUCUGAUAAACCUUCAGCAUAGCCUGAUAAACAUUCAACUGCUCAACAAGUACAAUGAAACCUUCAGUCUGAUAAACCUUCAACUGCUCAACAAGUACAGUGAAAACAAAGUCGUCUUCUUUGUGACAGGGUUAGCGUUCUAUUUUCUGUGAACUUGCGAUAACUAGGAUUAUACAGAGUGCUAUGUUUGCAUUUCUGUGUACUGGCCUCCGCGGUGUCGGUUAUAUGAACAAUCUCUGGAUUUCUUUUCUUCGUUGCACUUUUAUCUGGAACAGGAAACUUUCAUACCAAGAAGGUUACUGUAAAUUAAAUCAGCUUUCACAGAUUUAUAUAACAAUGCAGUGGCAUUAAAAUUUGUUGCUUUA